UUGGCUCGAGCAACUCCCUGCGCCGGGGCGCGGGCUUCCCUCGCGAUGGCAUUGCCGAAGAUCAAUGCUCAGAGCAAGACGGGCCAGGUGUCGCUGCCGGACUUCCGGCGCCUCACGGGGCACACCGCGGUGGGGGGCGCCUGCCUCUCGCAGGGGCUCCUGCCUGGCACCACGGAGCCGACGGUGUCUGAGUGGUCGCCCUUUGCGCUGGGCAACCCCCGAGUGGAGACGGUCAAGGAUCUGAUCUGCCUGCACAGCAAGGGCGGCAUAGGAGCCCCCUGGGCAGAGGACCGCAGCCGGUCGGUGGCCGGAGUGGACCUGGCUGAGCGAGGCGGGUCAUACUCCUCUUACUCGAUGCUGAUGGAUCACAGGCAAAAGCACGCGCGGUGCCCGAACAGCCCCGGCGUGAUGUUCGACCAGAACAAGGGGCCGCCCAUCACUUCCUACGACCUGGGCUUCUACCCCGCAAAGAUUCGACCGCCCAGGUAUCCGAUUUCCUCGACCUGGAUUUCGCGGAGCGCGUCGGAGCUCCAGAAGACCAUGAAGAAUCUCAAGGGUCGCUGAGCUGGACGCGAUCGGAUCGGAGUUCGGAGUUCGCUCGAGCCAUGUCUCUCUCUCCUUUUUUGGGUGGGGGGACAAGGAACAAAUCCUUGGUAAAGCAUUGGCGUGAGUCUGCCAGUGCCGAGACAGACUCUGAAAAAUGGAACCCAGGCGAACCCAGGGGCCAUCGAAGGGCCAACCAUUCGUCUUGGGGCCUUGUGUUCCUUCCGGGAUCGCACUUCUUUUCCCUCGGGAGGAAGGGGAAAAAACCUGGGUGCGCUGGUCAUCCGAUCCGAUUUUAAAGGUCUCCCGCGCUGCCUGCGAAGCGAAGCUUGCGGAUCCCAUGCUCAAAGCAUCGGCUUUUCGGCGCGAGGAGAAAAGUGGGAAGGAACGGCAUGGG